AUGCCCCUUGUUGCUGCCUCCAACCUAUGGGACCAGGCAGUCGUCCUCCUGAUCACGGCCCUGGCCGCCUUCGUCCUGGGCUUCGUGGUGGGUGUCUUCAACGUGCGCGGUCACGUCAUCUCGCCAAAACGGCACAACAAGCGCCGCCAAAAGCUGUCCGACGCCUUUGAUAGCGACGAGACCGAUGUCGAGGAUGAUCUGAUACUAGAUCACGCUCCCAACUGGGCGAAUAGCGAGGAGACCGAUCGGCAGCAAGGCCUGAGGGUAUAA